UCCUUCAAUGUCUACACCUCUUCAAACCAAGUACACUCUAUCUCCCAUCACAAACAACAUCCCAAGAUGCCACCGUCCAUGGCUUCUCCGUUUACGUGUCACGUGCUUGUCUCAGUCCAGCCAUAAAAUGAAGCUUGUCGUUGAGCAGCGACUUGUGAAUCCUCCUGUCAUCUCCACCGACCCAAAUCUUCAAUCUACAUGGACACACCGCUUAUGGGUUGCAGCAGGCUGCACCACUGUGUUUGCCUCUUUCACCAAAUCCAUCAUUGGAGCGUUUGGUUCUCAUCUCUGGCUCGAACCAGCUUUAGCCGGUUUAGCCGGGUACAUUAUAGCAGAUCUAGGCUCUGGUGUAUACCAUUGGGCUACUGAUAACUACGGUGAUGAGUCAACUCCUCUAGUAGGAACUCAUAUCAAAGACUCUCAAGAUCACCACAAGUGGCCUUGGACAAUCACUAGACGUCAAUUUGCAAACAAUCUACAUUUCUUGGCUCGAGGCGUGACCUUGAUAGUUCUCCCAAUAGAUCUUGCGUUUGACGACCCUGUGGUUCAUGGCUUCGUAAGCACGUUUGCGUUUUGCGUUUUGUUUUGUCAGUUGUUUCAUGCUUGGGCUCAUGGUACCAAGAGCAAGCUCCCACCUCUUGUGGUCUGGUUGCAAGACAUUGGUCUGCUCGUUUCACGGACACGUCACGUGAGUCAUCACCUAGCACCGUAUAACAACAAUUACUGCGUAGUGAGUGGGGCGUGGAACAAUGUUUUGGAUGAAAGCAAGGUCUUUGAGGCAAUGGAGAUGGUGUUGUAUCUUCAACUUGGGGUGAGACCAAGGUCAUGGACAGAAGAAACCGACAUAUCCAAAUGCUAAUCUCUCUUAUGUAUUAACUUAUAAGACUUAUCUUAUUGUCCAAAAUCAAAUGGCUCUUGUGUAUUUUAAAAUAUUGGUAGACCAAAAUUUUGAAUAGUGUAUACUUUUGUGUUGUG